AUGUUUAGAUUAUUAGCCAUUACUUUGUUGGUCGCCGUCCACUCAGCCAAUGCUUACGGAUCGGGAGGCGGAGGAGGACUGGGAGGUGGUUAUGGUGGCGGCGCUGCCCUAUUAUUGAGCGCCGGUGGUUACGGUGGUGGUGGUUAUGGUGGCGGCGGCGGUGGAUACGGUAGCGGUGGCCGAAUCAAUGCCGCUGUCCAGAGCUCCCGACACGUCGAUAGCUAUCCCGUCCAAAGCGACUACGGCUACAGUGAACCGGCUGUUGUCGACAUUGAUUCAGGCGAUCAACCAGUAGUACUGAACUUUCARUCCCAGUCCUCAUCRUUGGUUGCCCGACAAAAUCAYCGSGGCUCAGCCGGCAGUGUCCAACAAACCCAGUCAGUGGAUGAACCCCAUCGAUUGAUACAUGUAGUUACCCGACCGGUUAUCCAAGAGAUCAGAGAAAUUAUUGCUCCGCAGCGUAAUGUUGUCCAACAGGUUCGGCCAGUUGUCGAAAAUGUUAGGACAGUUGUAGCCAGAGGUCAGGGUGUAGGAGGCAAUGGUGGAGGUGCUGGCGGUUUGGGAGGUGGUCUCGGUGGMGGACUCGGUGGUGGACUSGGAGGUGGUUUGGGWGGWGGACUUGGAGGCGGUUUUGGAGGUGCCAGUGGUUUAGGCGGUGGAUUYGGUGGUGGAUUUGGMGGCRGUUUAGGCGGUGGUCUYAGUCUUGGACACGGUUUGGGCGGCGGCGGYGGACACAGUGGUGGUCUAUUGCUGGCCGGUCUCAGUGGUGGUGGUGGCGGCGGCGGCGCCUAUGGCGGUGCUCGCGCCUACUAA